ACGUGAUCCAGGCUCAUGAGGAGGCGGGCUGGUGAAAGUAAAAGGGUUCAGUCAGUUUAGACUCAAUUUUAAGUCGACAGAACCGAUCAGAGAACUGAAGAGUGAAGCGGGACUGACUUCAGAUCAGAACAUGGAUGUGUGUUUAGAGGACGAGGAGGACGCAGCAGAGUCUCCUGUACCUAGCUGUCAGUCUCUGAAGAGUGAUCGGUCCAUAGAUCCUCCUUUGAACUUCAGAAGUGAACACACAAAAGUUCAGUUGAGCAGACAGAAAGCAGAGUCUCCUGUACCCAGCUGUCUGUCUCUGAAGAGUCAUCAUUCCAAAGGUGGUCUUAUAAACUUCAGUAAAGAACCUGGACCCUCAGACACAAAGGGGACGAAGAGGACUCAUGUUAUAGAGGAGCAGCCGUCCUGUCCUGUGUGUCAGGACGUCCUGAAGGAUCCCGUCUCUACCAGCUGUGGACACUGGUUCUGCAGACAGUGCAUCACCUCAUACUGGGACCAGUCUGGUUCACCAGGAGACUCUUCCUGUCCUCAGUGUGGAGAAAGAUCCAGAACAGGACCUGGACUGCAGACAGUCAGUCAGAGCAGCACUGAACAAAUAGAUCGAGGUCUGCAGGAGGUUUUAGAUGAACAUAAGGUCAGUCUGAGGACGAGAUGUGAACGUGUGACUGAAGGAAGUGAUGAAACAGGAAGUAGAACCCUCCUCAACAGGAUCUACACUGAGCUCUACAUCACAGAGGGACAGAGUGAAGAGGUGAACACCCAACAUGAGGUGAGACAGAUUGAGACAGACUCUAAAAAGAAGACCCUCCAUGAGACUCCAAUCAAGUGCCAGGACAUCUUUAAAGCCUUACCCGACCAACAGAAACAAAAGACAGAAGCUCAACCCGACCAACAGAACCAAAAGACAGAAGCUCAACCUGACCAACAGAAACCCAUCAGAGUGGUUCAGACAAACGGCGUCGCUGGUGUUGGAAAAACCUUCUCAGUGCAGAAGUUCACUCUGGACUGGGCAGACGGCUCAGAGAACCAAGACCUCAGUCUGGUGAUCCUGCUUUCAUUCAGGGAGCUGAACUUGAUCAGAGAUAAGCGGUACAGUCUUCUUGAUCUGCUCCAUGUUUUCCAUCCAACAUUACAGAAGGUCACAGCAGAGACGCUCGCUGUCUGUAAACUGUUAUUCAUCUUUGACGGCCUGGAUGAAAGCAGACUGUCAUUGGACUUCAAAAACAUGGAGGUUGUUACUGACAUCACACAGAAGUCAUCGUUAAACACACUGUUGACAAACCUCAUCAAGGGGAAUCUGCUCCCCUCAGCUCUCAUCUGGAUAACUUCUCGACCUGCAGCAGCCAAUCAGAUCCCUCCUUCAUGUGUUGACAGGUUAACAGAAGUACGAGGCUUCACUGACGCCCAGAAGGAGGAGUACUUCAGGAGGAGGUUCAGUGAUGAUGAUCUGUCCAGCAGAAUUAUCUCACACAUCAAGACAUCCAGGAGCCUCCACAUCAUGUGUCUGAUCCCGGUCUUCUGCUGGAUCACUGCCACAGUUCUGGGUCACAUGAUGAGUACAGAGCAGAGAGGAGAGCUGCCCAAGACCCUGACUGACCUGUACUCACACUUCCUGCUGGUUCAGACAAAGAGGAAGAAGAACAAGUAUGACGAGGGACGUCAGAUGAGUCCACAUGAGCUGAUGGAGGCCGACAGGGAAGUUCUUCUGAAGCUGGGGAGGCUGGCGUUUGAACAUCUGGAGGAUGGAAGCAUCAUGUUCUACAAAGAAGACCUGGAGCGGUGUGGUCUGGGUGUCACAGAGGCCUCGGUGUAUUCAGGAGUUUGUAAGCAGAUCUUCAAAACAGAGUGUGUAAUCUUCCAGAAAACAGUCUACUGCUUUGUUCAUCUGAGCGUUCAGGAGUUUCUGGCUGCAGUCUACAUGUUCCACUGUUUCACCAACAGGAACACAACAGUACUGAAGGCUUUUCUGAAGCAAGAAAACAGUGAAGAUUAUUAUGAUGAUGAUGACGACGUCUACGAAGACCCCACUUGUUUAGAAGACUUUCUGAGUAGAGCCACAGAGAAAUCCCUGAAUAGUAAGAAUGGUCACCUGGAUCUGUUUGUUCGCUUCCUUCAUGGUCUUUCUCUGGAGUCCAACCAGAGACUCUUAGGAGGCCUGCUGGGUCAGACAGACAACAGUCCAAAAAUGAUCCAAAGAGUCAUCAAUAACCUGAAGGAGAAGAACAGUUAUGAUAUCUCUCCUGACAGAAGCGUCAACAUCUUCCACUGUCUGACAGAGAUGAACGACCUCUCAGUCCAUCAGGAGAUCCAAGAGUUCCUGAAGUCAGAGAACAGAUCAAAGAAGGAACUCUCUGUGAUCCACUGCUCUGCUCUGGCCCACAUGCUGCAGAUGUCAGAGGAGGUUCUGGAUGAGUUUGACAUGGAGAAGUACAACACAUCAAAUGAGGGACGAUGGAGACUGAUGCCAGCUGUGAGGAACUGCAGGAAGGCAGUACUUUCUGACUGUUACCUCUCAAAGACUCACUGUGAAGUCGUGGCCUCAGCUCUAAAGUCCAACCCCUCCCAUCUCAGAGAGCUGUGCCUGAAUAUGAAAGACGACCUGGAGGAUUCAGGAGUGAAGCUGCUGUGUGAGGGACUGCAGAGUCCAAACUGCAGACUGGAGACUCUGAGAUUGACAAACUGCAGUUUGUCAGAGAUCAGCUGUUCUUCUCUGGCCUCAGCUCUGAAGUCCAACCCCUCCCAUCUCAGAGAGCUGGACCUGAGUAACAACUACUACCUGCAGGAUUCAGGCGGGAAACUGCUGUGUGAUUAUCUGCAGAGUCCAAGCUGCAGACUGGAGACUCUGAGGUUGAGCCUCUGCAGUUUGUCAGAGAUCAGCUGUUCUUCUCUGGCCUCAGCUCUGAAGUCCAACCCCUCCCAUCUCAGAGAGCUGGUCCUGAGUGACAACAAGGAGCUGCAUGAUUCAGGAGUGAAGCUGCUGUGUGAUUAUCUGCAGAGUCCAAACUGCAGACUGGAGACUCUGAGAUUGAGUGGCUGCAGUUUGUCAGAGAUCAGCUGUUCUUCUCUGGUCUCAGCUCUGAAGUCCAACCCCUCCCAUCUCAGAGAGCUGGACUUGAGUGACAACAACCUGGAGGAUUCAGGAGUGAAGCUUCUGUGUGAUUAUUUGCAGAGUCCAAACUGCAGACUGGAGGCUCUGAGGUUGAGAAUCUGCAGUUUGUCAAAGAUCAGCUGUUCUUCUCUGGUCUCAGCUCUGAAGUCCAACCCCUCCCAUCUCAGAGAGCUGGACCUGAGCUACAACAACCUGAAGGAUUCAGGAGUGAAGCUGCUGUGUGAUUAUCUGCAGAGUCCAAACUGCAGACUGGAGGCUCUGAGAUUGACAGAGUGCAGUUUGUCAGAGAUCAGCUGUUCUGCUCUGGCCUCAGUUCUGAAGUCCAACCCCUACCAUCUCAGAGAGCUGGACCUGAGUAGAAACGGGCUGCAGGAUUCAGGAGUGAAGCUGCUGUGUGAUCUUAAGAAGAAUCUAAACUAUCGACUGGAUACUCUGAGCUGGGGUAACUGACAGAAUGUGAGCGAUCAGGACGCUGGUGGUGCAGAGAGGAGCAGCUGUGUCCUGAUGAUCCACAGAGGAUGAACCUCCACCAUCUCGUGCGUGGAGAAGGAGAGCUUCAU